AUGGCCACGCUCGCACCGCGACAGUGUAGCACACCCCUCAAUCCUACCAUCACCAAGAGGAAAACACCAUGGAGUAAUCUACUUGUCGGUGCCUUUAUGGGAGUCUUCCAAGUAUCGACACUCGGUCAGCCUAUGGAAGUUGUAAAGACUCAUGUUGCCGCUAAUAGAAGUGAUACACUGAGAGAUGCCUUGACAAAGACAGCGGCGAGAGGCGGAUGGAGGGGUUUUUACCAAGGCUUGAUUCCCUGGGCCUGGGUAGAAGCCUCUACUAAAGGUGCCAUCUUAAUAUUGUCGUCCUCAGAGGUUGAGUAUUACUCGAGAGCUCAUUGGGGCAUCUCAAAGCCGGCAGCCGGAGUUCUAGGUGGUAUUGCAGGAGGUGCCGCGCAAGCCUAUCUAUCCAUGGGUGAAAAGGUUCCCGGCACCCUGGCUACUUUCACCAACAUCGUGCGGACCAAGGGUAUUCGGGGUGUGUACAAAGGUGUCAACGCCGUGGCCCUCCGUCAAAUAACCGGCUGGUCGUCGCGUAUCGGUAUAUCAAGGUUGGCCGACGGGUGGAUCAGGAAACUUGUUGACAAGCCUGAGGACCAGAAAUUGACUGCAAGUGAGAAGAUCUUGGCAUCUACUGUCGGUGGCGCAUUGAGCUGCUGGAAUCAACCCUUCGAGGUUCUCCGUGUCGAGAUGCAGUCUCUCAAGGUAGACCCCGCAAGACCAGCUUCUCCGACAAUGUGGUCAGCCUUUAAGCAUAUCUACCACACCUCCGGACCCUUGGGCUUCUUCCGCGGUGUGGUGCCACGGCUGGGCGUGGCUGUUUGGUCAACUAUCUGCAUGGUUGGCCUCGGCGAUAUGCUGAAGGAGGAAGUAACGAGAAGGACAACGCUAACCAUGUAA